AUGGCGAACAGUCGAUCCGCUGCGCGAGAGUCGCUCUUCUCUCGACCGUCUUCCAGGCCCCAGAGCGGUUCGACUGUCGACAAUGGUGAACAGGCAAAACGUCUGCUGGAAGAGCAGAACGACGAGCAGAUCAGCCACUUGUCGUUGCAGAUCACGCAGCUGAAGCAGCUUUCGGGUAGCAUCCAUACAGAAGUCGUGGACCAAAACCGCUUUCUUGACGGCAUGGGAAAGGAGUUCGACAACACGGAAGGACUGCUGGGUGGCACGAUGAAGCGGCUUGGUGCCAUGAUGGAGCAAGGUGGGAGCAAACACAUGCUGUACCUGAUCCUGUUUGUAGUCGUGGUGUUCUUGCUGCUGUACUUUGCCAUUCGGUCCCACUAG